AGCGGCGGCGGCCGGGGAGGGCGCGGGCCCCGCUUAAAGGGCCAGUGAGCGGGCGCGGAAGUGGUGAGGAGCUUAUCGACUACCAGCCCGGCGCUGCCCAGGGGCUCGGCCGGGAGCCCCCCCGUCCGGACGGGGGGCCGGGGGCCCAGCGGCGGCAUGGAGCAGGCAGCGCCCAAGAGCAAACUGAAAAAGCUAAGUGAAGAUAGUUUAACUAAGCAGCCUGAAGAAGUCUUUGAUGUUCUGGAGAAACUUGGUGAAGGGUCUUAUGGUAGCGUGUUUAAAGCAAUACACAAAGAGUCUGGACAAGUUGUAGCAAUUAAACAGGUCCCUGUGGAGUCAGAUCUUCAAGAAAUAAUUAAGGAAAUCUCUAUAAUGCAACAAUGUGACAGUCCCUAUGUUGUCAAAUACUAUGGCAGCUACUUUAAGAACACAGAUCUAUGGAUUGUAAUGGAGUAUUGUGGAGCUGGCUCUGUUUCGGACAUAAUUAGACUUCGUAAUAAAACGCUAACAGAAGAUGAAAUUGCAACUAUUCUGAAAUCUACUCUUAAAGGACUUGAAUACUUGCACUUUAUGAGAAAAAUACAUAGAGAUAUAAAAGCUGGAAACAUCCUCCUUAACACUGAGGGACAUGCAAAAUUAGCUGAUUUUGGUGUGGCUGGCCAGUUAACAGAUACAAUGGCAAAACGUAACACUGUUAUAGGAACUCCGUUUUGGAUGGCUCCUGAAGUAAUACAAGAGAUUGGCUAUAACUGCGUGGCAGACAUCUGGUCCCUUGGUAUCACCUCCAUAGAAAUGGCUGAAGGAAAGCCUCCCUAUGCUGAUAUUCAUCCAAUGAGGGCUAUUUUUAUGAUUCCUACAAAUCCCCCUCCAACCUUCCGGAAGCCAGAGCUCUGGUCUGAUGAAUUCACAGAUUUUGUGAAGAAAUGCUUAGUGAAAAAUCCUGAACAAAGAGCUACAGCAACACAGCUGCUACAGCAUACAUUUAUUAAGAAUGCCAAGCCAGUUUCAAUUUUAAGAGACCUGAUCACUGAAGCUAUGGAGAUAAAGGCAAAACGACAUGAAGAACAGCAGAGAGAACUAGAAGAGGAGGAAGAAAAUUCGGAUGAAGAUGAGCUAGACUCUCACACCAUGGUGAAGACCAGUUCAGAGAGCGCUGGUACCAUGAGGGCCACAAGCACGAUGAGUGAAGGUGCUCAGACAAUGAUUGAGCACAACAGUACUAUGUUAGAAUCAGACUUGGGGACCAUGGUAAUAAAUAGUGAUGAUGAUGAAGAGGAAGACGGGACCAUGAAAAGAAACGCUACUUCCCCACAAGUUCAAAGACCUUCUUUCAUGGACUACUUUGAUAAACAAGAUUCCAAGAAUAAAAGCCCGGAAAACUGUAACCAGAACAUGCACGAACCUUACCACAUAUCCAAAAACGUUUUCCCUGAUAACUGGAAAGUCCCUCAAGAUGGAGACUUUGAUUUCUUAAAGAAUCUGAGUUUAGAAGAAUUACAGAUGCGAUUAAAGGCUUUGGACCCUAUGAUGGAGCGAGAAAUUGAGGAGCUUCGUCAGAGGUACACUGCAAAGAGGCAACCUAUCCUAGAUGCAAUGGAUGCAAAGAAACGGAGGCAACAGAAUUUCUGAGUUUGUUUUACUUUCAGAAAUAAUACUACAAGUCAGCAUGGACACUGGUAACUUUGUAAGUUUGAAGGAAUUUGAUUAUGAGAGUUUUCAAAAAGCCAGUCUUCUGAAUUUUCCUUCACAAGCAAUGACAAUUGGAGAAAGACCAUACAUGUGGUGUUCUGCAAAGGCAGCAAAACCUGUUUAUAUUUUCAAAUGUUUAAUGUAAUAGAAGUUAAUCUGUUACUUUCUAGUCUUUUCAGGUGUAUAGUGGUAACCUGGUGUUGUACAGUAGGAGUUGUGUUUUGGAGCACCUGGAACGAUUUUUUAAUUGUGCAACACUACAGAGCCUUCUGUUGCAAUAUAUUUUCCGCCCACUUAGUAGCAUAUUUAUUAUGUAAUCUUUGGUUAUCCUAUUUAUUUUUGCCUGUUUUCUUUUUUAUUAGGAAGUAUUAGGAUAAUAUUGUGGAGAGCAGAGCCAGAUUAUAUAAAAUUGGUGUUGUAGUAUAAUGAAAAGAGGCUCACCACUGUAUUAUCUUUUAAAACUUCAGUUUCAGCAAGCAUCCUAGUUCAGGACAGCACUUGAACAUAUUCAUCAAGCCCAUUCAUAUCAGUAGGUUUUAAGCAUAAAAAAAGUAAUAAGUAGCCACACAUUCUUCUGCUCUCCUGAACCAGGAACUGUGCUGUAGUUGAGCAAUGCAGUUGUUACGCCACAGAGCAUUCUUUCAGAGAGUAUUUUUGCCAUUUUUAUGCACACUGAAUGAUCCCUCAUUAAACAAGAAAACAAGUGCCUAAUCAGUUUUGAUUUUUCUUUAUUCAGGAGGAGCAAUACUUGCAGUCACUUCUUCAGUGCAAAUUUCCAAUUGCUAUUGCAAUUCUGACCAGUAUAACCUCUAUUUUGCACCGUAGUUUUAUAAUGAAGUAACAGCUACACUUUAUGAAUAUGUUUUUUGGUUUGUUUAAUUGUUUGUCACUGUUAGAGGGGAGAGGGGAGUUAUUAGUGUUUUGGGAUUGGUUUGGUUUCACAUUAUAUAUACAAAGGGAUGGUAAUUUAAAAGCCAAAGAACAAAGUCUUGUAGUUCUCUGAGGGUUUUGUCCUGCAGUCAGUAAACAUUCAAAAUUCCUGUAGUCUUCUGUGGUAGAUUUUGGGGAAUCAGGAUUUCAGGACCAAGCUCUCAACAUCUUUUUAGAAGUUCUCUCUGGUUUCUAUUGUGGGAUAAUUAGUUGGUAGAAUUUACAACAUUGCAAGAAAUAUUUCAGACUUAGCUGAAAAUGUGAUCCACUUUCUGAACAAUCUGCUGUCUUCUCUAUUGAUACCUUUACUAUUGUUGCCUUUUCUGUAAAUAACUUUACUGUGAUAGUCAUCCUUCUAUAAGCAAUACAGCUGAAAAGAUCUUUACAUUCAACCUUCAGCUGUUAAACUUUUAAUGGUGACUACUGUGCGGGCAUCUUCUGUUAAAUGUUUUCUGGAAGUUAGUAAUCAUCUCAUACCUCUUAACAUUUCCUGUCAUCAUAUGUGGACGAUUUAGAUGGAGCAGUGUGGAUUUUGGUAGCAGUGCAUUGCAUUGUAAAGCUUAUGCAAAAGCAGAACAAAGGCUUUUAUAAGCUCAGCAUGCUGCAGCUGUGCUAGGACCAGGCCUUGGGUUUGAGCUGUGCACAGCCAUUGUUGUCAUUGUCAUUCUGUAUGUGUGUCUGCGUGCACGCCAUGCUCUGACAUGUAAACCCUAGAGUCAAAUACAUUUUAAUUGUGGUUGUUAGAACAUCCUUACCCUCAGCUCUCUUCAUAUUUCUUAAAAUAAUGACCAGUCUUUAUGAAAUAGCAAGAACACAGAAGAUCCAUAAAAAUUACUUUAGGCAAGAUAAAAUACACCUGGAAGUCUUCUUCCUCACAUUUAUACAACAAAAUGAUGUAAACUAAGAAAUGGUAUCAUCACAUCACCGUAUCAUUAGAUUAUAAUCAUAAUGUGGCAAAAAAAAAAUAACAGCACCGACACCCCCAUUAGUAUGAUUCUUAUUUCUUUAAAAUUAAUUUCUAAUUAUUAAACUUUUAUAAUCUCAAAACCUCAAAGGUUUGUGUGCAUAUAUGUAUUUGUGAAGGUAUAUGCACAUAUAUGUAUAUCUUUAAAUAAGAAAAAAUAUAGAACAGAUUUAAACCAUCAGGAGAGGAACCUAGCUUGCCUUUUCUUGAUGUGCCUUUUAAGCAGUGUCGUUGUCCAGACACUCUUGCUUGCAUCAUUAGCAGCUUCCUUUUCCCUUUCUCUCUUAAACGUUUCCCACCAAAAAUGAGACUUUGAUGUAGAAUAAUGUGGCUUUAUGUUGUAAUAGACGAUGUAAUAAAAUUAUUACAGUUUUCAUAUUCUAUGUAUUCUAAAAACUUGAGUAAUGCAGUGCAUUAAAUAUGAAUUGCCUAUCCAGAGGGACUCCAGUAAAAAGCAGUCUUAGACUACAGCUGUUGCAGUCUGACAUCUGAAAGGUGUCGGAAGAUAAAGGACAUCUUUUCUACACUCCUGAUCCUGCCUGCACAGAAACAACUCAGAUUUUGUGCACAUGGGUGCACACAGGCAUGGAUUGUAUGUGCAGGAGAAAAUUCUGAAAGCUAUGGGAUAAAAUGAAAAUGGAAACAACCUACUUAAAAUGAAUGAAAAAUAGCUUCUGAGAUACAGUAAACUGGCUAUAGUUUAAACUGGGAUGGUUGUGACCAAAGAAUACUUCCACUAAUUAAUACGGAAUUAGUAGUGUUGCCCUUCUGAUGUGGUGUGUGGUGCAGUCAUUGUAAGGGCUGCCUUUGGCUUCAGAAGCCAGAGUGUCAGGCUCUAAACUGUGCACAAGUGUAACAUAUAGAAAAAGGUUUUAUAGUAGGAGCUGGAUACAAGUUGUUUUUUUCUUUCUUCUGUUUAUAUAAAUGAAUCAAAUCAUCCAUGUUGAUGACUACACAUCUCUGCUGGAGGAUGAGCAUCUCUGUACAGGAAAGCUGAUAGCACAAUAACUAAGACAUUUUAAAAGCAAGCCUUGCAGGAAAUCUGAUAGAACUACUGACAAAUUAAACCUUCAGUAUGAUUUUAACCAAGCAAUUUAUUGUUUGCUUCUGGCUUUGUAAGCUUAGAUUUAGUAAGUGGGGGGAAAAAAAAGAAAAGGAAAAAAAAAAAGAAAAAUUGAAAAAUCAUUACUUAUUACUGAACGUUUGUAAUAAAAGCUAAUUUUUCAUGUGUAA